AUGGAUCAUUUCACGCUCAACACAAAAAGAUUUGCAGGGGUUAAGGAGUGGAUCUUCCGAGUGACAGGCUUCCUUUGCAGCUUAUUAUCUUCAGGCCUCGGAAUGAUCCUUGCAAGUAGCAAAUACUGGCGCCUCUGGGAAUUCGACAGUAAGGUCAUCCAGCUUGUUUACAUCGGACUCUGGGAAGCUUAUUACCACUGUGAAGUUAACUACUCUGGUACUGGUACCAAAAUUCUGGUACACAGACCUGUCAACUCAACCUGGACAAUUUCACCUGAAUUUCAAUGUGCACGGAAUCUGAUAUUCCUGGCAAUGCUGAUAAAACCUGUUGUUGUGUUUUUUACCUCAGCAGCCAUCAGGGUCAGCAUAAUCAAAGCCUCAGUCCCUGAGAUUCAGAUAGUGUGCUACAAGUGCUCUAUCUUUAUUCUGAUCCUCAGCAGCAUUUGUACCAUUAUUUCUGUGACCUGGAACCAUGUAGCAGAUUUUUAUGGUGAAACCACCCUUGACUUUCCACCAUACUUUCCAGUUAAGAAAGAAGCCCUGAUUAAAAAACACAGCACUCAUGUGUUUCCACUGGGUCUCCUAACAACCACCCUGUCACUCUUCAGUAUAAUUAUGUUCAUCUUUGAGAUAAGGGCACUGAGAGUUAAGAGAAAGCUGAAUGCCCAGCAUGCUUACACACAAUCUGAGGACAGCACCAUAAACGAUGGUUCUGGUGUUUGCCCAAUGUGCCAGCAGACAACCUGA